AUCCUUCCUGCAUGCUCCACAGCUGCAGCAUAGGGUUUUUGUAAAAGAAGGAGAGCAGGCAGUGUAGUUGAAAGCAUUGUUUUAAUUGUUUGGUGCUUUUUAGCAUAUAUAUAUACAUAUAUAUAUAUAUAUAUAGAAAUAUAUAUAGAAAUAUAUAUACUCAGUUCUGUUAGAGAUUAAAAGUAAGAGCUCAACUACAAUGGGUCCGCAGGAUGGAGUAUCAUAUUGAUUUCUACAAACAUUUUGCCUGGCUCAGAAAGGAAAACCUCAGCUCUAACAACAACACUGAGUCCCACCAGGAGCGGUUAUCACGUCUGGAGGGAGACAAAGAAUCACUGAUUCUGCAGGUGAGUGUGCUGACAGACCAGGUGGAGGCUCAAGGGGUGAAGAUCUACAAUUUGGAGAGUUCUUUGGUGGAGCAUCAACACAAACUCAACUGCACAGAGGAUAUGCUACAACAGGAGCUUGUGCACAGGACGUCACUUGAGAAACAGAAGCUGAAUCUUAUGGGGGAGGUUUCUUAUCUGAAACUGAAGCUAGCUGACAUGGAGGGAAAGCAGGUACUUGGGGCCGAGAGGCAGCACAAGGCAGAGUCUGUAGUGAAUUUUAUUAGUGAACUGCAGGAGCAGAUGUGUCAGUUUCAGAAGGAGAUCAAUAGCAAGAUCCAGGAGAAAAAGCCCUUGGAGAUCUCGACUGACAGCAAGUUUUCAGUGCUGUGCCUCACUGAGUCCGCUGCAGGCCGAGGCAAAAACAUCAUGGUGUCCUGUGAUGGUCCCUCGGGGGGUAUGCACAAGAAAGAGGGGACUCCAGACAGACCUUUGGGGAACCUGAGAGAGGGUAGCUCAGAUGCAGAGCAGCGGUGCCACUGUGGAGGAGAAAGUGUUUUGCUAAAAGAACUCAGAAUUCUCAAGGACAAAGUACAGUAUCUUGAGGACCAGAAGUUACAGUAUGAAAAGAAGCUCAAGGAAACCAAGGCAGAAAUCUGCAGCCUUCAGCAGCUUCUGCUCAGUAAGAAUGCAGAGAUCGAAAGCUUGCACACUCAGUUGCUGGCUAGACCUCCUCUGACCCCAGAGAUCUCAGAGAGAGAGGAGAUGUACAGGAAGAGGCUAAACACCAAAUAUCAAGAACUACAAAGACUUCGCAGUGGAAUGAAGUCACUGGUUGCUGCCAAUGAUGUAAAGGACAAACAGAUUGAGGAGCUCACUCUGCUCCUGAAUCAGUGCCGACAGUUCAGAGAGGUUACCCACAUCUCAAGACAAGCUCCAUCUGCUGUUCUUUCCUCGUCAAAUGGUCGGACUGCUUCAAGUAGCAGUGAGGAAGUAGACCACGUGCUGACCAAGACUGUUGACUCUGCCAGUUCCAAAUCUGAUGAUGUGAAGUCUCAAGUUUCAACAAGUAGUUCAUCCUCCCAGCAAACAUCCUUUCAGUCAAUUCAGAAAGAUGGUGAUUCCAGAAUAGAGCCACAGACUUUAUCAAGUAGCUUGAAUGACAUAACAAAUGGACAUUCACCAAAGUUUCUGCAUGGUGGUUUGGAUGAUGGUAGAAGUCAGACUUUGCCUGUGAAUUCAACUCUCCAGGAACAAAAUGAGAUUGGUGAUGCAGAUAUUGAGAGUCAAAAACAUCCAGAUGGGAGUGAAGAUGGAGACUCCUGCCAAAGAAAGUUAAAGAAAGCCAAUGACUGCACAACCAGUGAGAAUUCCCCUGUUCAUUGUGAGGCACAUGCACAGCCUGGCCAGCGAGCUGUGGGAUCUCCUGAAUACAUAAAGAACAAUAGGAGCUUCAAGAGAUUUUGGGGAAAGCUUCGAAGAACACAGUCUGGGGGCUUCCAGCCUGCAGAUCCAGAUGCCGGCCCAUUUAGAAGAGGUGGCUUGCGUGCAACAGCAGGGCCUAGACUUACCCGAACUCCUGAAUCUAACACCACACGUGAUCUGAAUAUUCCAUUCAGCCAAUGGACCAAGGAGCAGGUGUGUGGCUGGCUUGAGGACUAUGGACUUGGUCUAUACAUUAAUCUCACCAGACAGUGGGUUGAAAAUGGGCAGACACUUUUGUCAGCCACACCUCAAGAUUUUGAGAAGGAGAUGGGCAUGAAGCAUCCCCUUCACAGGAAAAAGCUGCAACUUGCUUUGAGGGCCUUUACUUCUAAAGUUGCAGAGAAAUCUGCAGAGCUGGACCACAUCUGGGUCACCCGCUGGCUGGAUGAUAUCGGAUUGCCUCAGUAUAAAGACCAAUUCCAUGAGGCUAGAGUAGAUGGUCGGAUGAUACAGUAUCUCACUGUGAAUGAUCUCCUGACUCUAAAAGUCACCAGCCAGCUUCAUCAUCUCAGCAUUAAAUGUGCUAUUCAUGUCCUUCAUGCCAAUAAGUUCAACCCAAACUGUCUUCGACGGAGGCCAGGUGAAGAGAAACACCCCUCACCUUCAGAGGUAGUACAGUGGUCAAACCACUGUGUAAUGGAGUGGCUAAGAGCAGUUGAUCUUGCUGAGUAUGCUCCUAAUCUACGGGGGAGUGGUGUUCAUGGUGGCCUGAUUAUCUUGGAGCCUCGCUUCAGUUCUGAGACAUUGGCAUUGCUUUUAAACAUUCCUCCACAGAAGACUUUGCUCCGACGUCAUCUUGCCACUGCCUUUGCUACCCUGGUUGGGCCUCAAGCCAUGCAGGAGAAACGAGAGUAUGGUAACGCCACAGGCCAUGUACCACUAACUACCACUGCUAAAGUUAAACCAAAGAAGCUGGGCUUCACCCAAUUCAGUCAUCUCAGAAAAAGGAAACCGGAUGAAUCUGCAGAUUACAUCUGCCCAAUAGACAGUGAGGCAGUAACAGGCAACAGGGUUUCUCAAUUGCUCUCUCCAGCACACAGAGGCUUUAGCUCAACUUUGGACAGAGAAGUUGAAAAGUGGCAACCGGCAGCUGUGAAAGCUCAAACUGAUGGUCCAGAUAAUACCUGAAUAAACAUUCUCUCUGCUAUUUACUGAUUUACAGUUUGCAAAAUAAUCUGAAUUUCCACCAGGAUGUAUUCAUGCUAGGAUUUGCUGGAUGGUGAAGACAUUAUGAAUGCAUGUAAUUAUGAAUGCAUGUAACACGUGUUUUAUUUGUCAUUGACUUUUUGAUCAGAUGUAAUUUUUAAAAUAUCAGUAUUUAAGAUGUAAAGAUGGCUUAUACUAUGUAAAUAUUAUUGAAAAUGCUGUUUCCUGCAUUCCGUAUGAAGAUUGAUUCCAAAGCUUGCUUUAAAACAGUUUUAUUGAUAAUUUUGUACCUAAAUGUAUGUAUAUGUUUUGAUCUAUAUCAGAAUUGUCUGCACAGCAAAAUAAUUGAGGUACUUCAAGUCAGGUACUUCAUGAUUGUUUCAUUAUCUUUUUAGAAAUUUCUAAUUUUGUCUUUUUAUUCAGUAUUUUAGACCUUAAAAUAAAGCUAUUUUGCAAAUACGUCUAAUUAAAGCAUUAACCUUAA